AUGGCAGAAGGUUCCUCCUUAUAUCCUAAAUUCCAAAUGUCUUCAAAUACACCCAGAGAAAUCAGUUCCCAAAUGGCUCAAGAUCCUGCAAGGAAUUUACCUUUUCAAAUGUAUCAGAGUCCCCUGGUGACCCCAAGAAGUCUAAUGCAAUCAAGUCUUUCAGUUCCUGAAAGACUUGACCUAUGUCACCAGGAGUCCCAAGGGCCAUCAAGAAAUUCAAGGAACCCAAUGCAACCAGAUAAAUAUGGUGACAAGCAAACUCACUCUGAGGGUCCAAAAAAGGAACGAAAGGAACGCACUGUGUACACCAAAGAGCAAAAGCACCUGCUGCAGACACAUUUUCAGAAGCAGAGGUAUCCAAAUAGGAAGGAACUUAAGGAGCUGGCAUCAUUGGUUCUUGCAACAGAGACAGAGAUACAGAUCUGGUUCAAGAACACUCGAGCUAAAUACAAGCGGAUGAAUCUCCAGAAUAUUACAGAAGCUCUGCCAGAGACAAAUCAAAGCUCUAAAGGUAUUUCUGACUCAACCCAUUUACCUGAUUCCAUACCUGUUGUUGCCACUGAGAACGGAGAGUCCAUCUGUCCAGCCACAUUUGGUGUGGUUUCCAUUCCCAAACUCAACUGCAAUCAGGAAUCCACUCUGCCUCAUUAUCAGGCCUGUGAUGCUGACAGGUGUAGUCAGCAAGAAACCCUGAUUGAUGGUUAUGUUUCUGUUCCAGCUGGGGACUCUGGUCCAUCCACAGCAGUUGAAGUCCAGACUGACCUAGCAGUAGCUGAAGCUCCAGUUGGCUUGGAAGCUGCUGCCCAAGUCACAGAGGAUGCUCAAAGUUCAGGUCCAUCUGCAGAGGAGCUCUGGCAAAGGAUCCUUGAUGAUUUUGAUAAUUCAGAUGACUGGCUUAGUUUUUCAUACCUUCAAGACUGA